AGGAGACUGGGCGAGGCCUCCCCGUGACGUCAGGACGCCGCGGUCGGGACGUCGAAGCGUAAGGAAGACAAGAACCAGCCGGGUCGCUAGCAGUGCGCGGCCCUGUUGCUGUCGCCUUGGGCCGCCGCUGAGGAGUGCCGGGGGCGAACGGCUGAGUGAACAGUCUGGCUCCCGAGGUCCACCCGUUACACCCCAAGGUCCAGAUGGCGGCCAAUGUGGGUGAUCAGCGUAGCACAGAUUGGUCCUCUCAGUACAGCAUGGUGGCCACGGCGGGUAGAGAAAAUGGCAUGGAGACUCCCAUGCACGAGAAUCCGGAGUGGGAGAAGGCCCGCCAGGCCCUGGCCAGCAUCAGCAAAGCAGGGGCCGCCAGCAGCUCAGCCAAGGCCAGCAGCAGUGGGCCUGUGGCCAGUGCACAAUACGUGUCCCAGGCAGAAGCCUCAGCCCUGCAGCAGCAGUACUACCAGUGGUACCAGCACUACAGCUACGCCUACCCGUACAGCUACUAUUAUCCCGCGAGCGUGUACCAGAGCUACGGCUCCCCGUCCCAGUACAGCAUGGCCGGCUCCUACGGCUCCGCCACGCCCCAGCAGCCCUCUGCACCCCAGCACCAAGGAACUCUGACCCAGGCCCAGGUCCCCGGCCUGGACGAAAGCAUGUCCUACCAGGCGCCUCCCCCGCAGCUGCCAGCAGCCCAGCCCCCACAGCCCUCCAAGGCCCUGCACGGGGCUCAUUCUCUGAACAGCGGCCCCCAGCCUGGGACGGUCCCAGCCACACAGCACAGCCAGGUGGGGCCCGCCAUGGGCCAGGCCUACGGGCCUCAUACCUACACUGAGCCUGCCAAGCCCAAGAAGGGUCAACAGCUGUGGAACCGCAUGAAGCCAGCUCCUGGGACAGGUGGCCUCAAGUUCAACAUUCAGAAGCGGCCCUUUGCUGUUACCAGCCAGAGCUUCACUUCCACCUCGGAGGGCCAACACAGCAGUUUUGGCCCCCAACCCAACCCCGAGAAAGCCCAGAACCAUAGGGGCAGCCUGUCUGGGAAGCCUGAUGACUGGCCGCAGGACAUGAAGGAGUAUGUGGAGCGCUGCUUCACGGCCUGUGAGUCAGAAGAGGACAAGGACCGGACGGAGAAACUGCUCAAGGAGGUGCUGCAGGCCCGGCUCCAGGACGGUUCUGCCUACACCAUCGACUGGAGCCGGGAGCCUCUGCCGGGGCUGACUCGGGAGCCUGUGGCUGAGAGCCCCAAGAAGAAGCGGUGGGAGGCCCCUAGCAGCCUUCACCCUCCUAGGGGGGCAGGCUCCACGACAAGGGGCGGGGGUGCCCAGUCCCAGCGAGGGACACCGGGGGCUGGGGGUGCUGGCCGAGCCCGGGGCAGCAGCUUCGCCAAGUUUGGCAACCGCAAUGUCUUCAUGAAGGACAACAGCUCCUCCUCCAGCACGGACUCCCGCUCCCGCUCGUCCUCCCGGUCCCCGACCCGCCACUUCCGCCGCAGUGACUCCCACUCGGAUUCUGACAGUUCCUACUCAGGGAAUGAGUGUCACACUGUGGGCCGCAGGAACCCACCCCCCAAGGGCCGGGGAGGUCGGGGUGCGCACAUGGAUCGGGGCCGAGGCCGGGCGCAGCGUGGGAAGAGGCACGACCUUGCUCCCAGCAAACGCAGCCGCAAGAGGGCGGUGGUCCUGGAGAGUGAGGACCCUGAGCGGGAACUGAAGAAGCAGAGGCGGGCCGCCCGCUUCCAGCACGGACACGCCCGCCGCCUGCGCCUCGAGCCCCUGGUGCUUCAGAUGGGCAGCCUGGAGGGCAGUGGGGCCGACCCUGACUGGCAGGAGCUGCAGAUCGUGGGCACCUGCACCGACAUCACCAAGCACUACCUGCGUCUCACCUGCGCCCCCGACCCAUCCACCGUGCGCCCUGUGACAGUUUUGAAGAGGUCACUGUGCAUGGUCAAGUCCCACUGGAAGGAGAAGCAGGACUACGCCUUUGCCUGCGAGCAGAUGAAGUCAAUCCGGCAGGACCUGACGGUACAAGGUGUCCGCACCGAGUUCACAGUGGAGGUAUAUGAGACACACGCCCGCAUCGCCCUAGAGAAGGGCGACCACGAGGAGUUCAACCAGUGCCAGACGCAGCUCAAGUCACUGUAUGCUGAGAACCUUCCGGGCAAUGUGGGCGAGUUCACUGCCUACCGGGUCCUCUACUACAUCUUCACCAAGAACUCAGGAGAUAUCACCACAGAGCUGGCAUACCUGACGCGGGAGCUGAAGGCAGACCCUUGCGUGGCCCAUGCCCUGGCGCUAAGGGCAGCCUGGGCUCUGGGCAACUACCACCGCUUCUUCCGACUCUACUGUCAUGCACCCUGUAUGUCUGGCUACCUUGUGGACAAAUUUGCAGACCGGGAGCGGAAGGCUGCCCUCAAGGCGAUGAUCAAAACGUAUGUGAGGCUGAGCCCCACCCCCCAUGCCUCUGCUCUGCCGGCCAGCCUGCCCUCCUCCACCCCUGGGCUGGCAGGCCUCUGGCUCCCGGUUCCCGCACCCUCUCUGGCUCCCGGGCCUCCUGACUCUUCUCUCUCCCACACACGGUCCCACUGCUGCAGGUUCCCUCUCUGCUCCUCUGCUCCUCUUCCUCCGCUCAUAGUGUCCUGGACCCUAGUCUGUCUUCUCGCUCUGGCUCUUGGCCCCCCCACUCCCAGGGCUCUGUCCUCCCUCUGCAGCUCUCCUGCCACUGCCCCCCACUCUGUACAAACUAGAAGAGACGGUCCUCCCCUUGGCAUCUUCUUGUCAAAUGGGGCAAGGCUCUGUGCCCACUUGGGCUCCUUUGAGGAAACAUGCGUGACUUGGGGGGGAGCCAGACCCUGGCAGUACUUUGAAAGAGUGCCCUCUGUUCAGGUGGCGCAUGUGCCUGUGUGGGUAUGGGGUGGGGGAACCCGUGGUUCUCAGUCACAUGAGACCCCCUGGGGACAUGGGGCAAUGUCAGGAGAUGGCAUUUGUCACAACUAGGGGGUGGUGCUGGCAUCUGGAGGGUAGAGGGCGUCAGUCUUGCUGAGGCCAGACAGGUCUGUGGGUCCAGGGGCCUCGGCUAGGUCAGGCUCCGCGGGCAUGGCUGCAGCGGGGAGGAACAGUCAACGUGAGGGUAGGAGGUGCGUCUGAGGAUCCAGCCUGGGUCUGGAAGGCAAGGCCGAGGCUGAGUCAGGGCAGGGGUCCUGGAAGCAGAGACAACUUGGGGUGGGGACAUGGAGGAGGCACUGUGCACGGGACUUGGUACCCCAGCAAGGUGGUGUGUCUACAGGGCCUGCAGGCUGUCAAGCCCACUGCUGUGGCCAGACAGGCCCCGUCAGGGCAGCCCCGAGCUUCAGCGCUGCCCCUUGGGCUGUCAUUGGGUGUCACUGUGUCCCACUUGGUUUACACAGGCUUCGCCUUGGGAAUACAGCUGUGGAUGUGCUUGUUGGAGGCCCGCCUGUCCCUGGCCUUGUGCUGUCACGCCCACCUGUUCCCAAAGUUACACCGCCUUUCUUUGUUAGACACGUGCCUCCCUCCCAGGGCCGAGUCCCUAUAGGGCAGCCAGGAGGCCACCUCAGGUGGGAUGUCCAGGGCUGCAAACGGGGCACAGGCUUAAGUCAGGACUAGUUCAGGUGCUUUCUGCCACUUACUCCCUAGGAGACGUUGGCCGAGGGCUCUGUCUUUGCGGCUGCAGUUCUCUGCAUACAGAGUGCUUAUGGGAGAGAACCCAGUGCUAACGUGACAGGACUGAGAGCAGCACUUCCCUGGCACAUGCCCCAUCUCUUGCCACCAGAAACGCUGUCCUUGGUGUGCAGCAAGUGCUGGCUGACACCUGGGCCUGGGCCCAGGCAGGGGCUGUUGUGAGGGGCUGGUCCCCAGAGUAGCCGGCAGCCCUGCUGUCGUGUGCCUGCGCCUGUGCCUGCAGGCCUCCCCUCCCCCCGGCCCGCACCCCCGCCCCCGGCCGGCCCUCAGCAGCAGAGGAGCCAGCUGGGCCCUUCCCUCCCGUCCCCCUCCUUUCCGUUCCCCCGCACAGGUAAGUGAGGGUGAGACCCGGGGCACAACUGGGCUUGGGGCCACCAACCUCACCCCAGGCCCCCGCAAGCUACCUGAGGUGGGGAGGCUGGGGGCUGAGGUCAGCAGGUAACAUGUUGCGGAAACCCUUUGGAUGCCUGAAGGGAGGGCACCCACUCCCUGCUUGGGGGCCCUCCCCUGCCCACCACCCGCCUCAUCACAUUCUCCUCUUGUCUCCGUAGCUUCCGCCCUGCGCUGCCAGUCUCCUACCUGCAGGCCGAGCUGGCCUUCGAGGGCGAGGCCGCCUGCCGGGCCUUCCUAGAGCCCCUGGGUCUGGCCUACACGGGCCCGGACAACACCAACAUCGACUGCCGCCUCAGCCUGGCGCAGCUGUCAGCCUUCUGAGCACCAGCACCGAUGGGGGCGGGGGGCGGGGCUGCAGUCCCCCAGCACCACUUUGCCAGUUUUUUGAGCCAUGGACUUGGGUUGUAAAUUAAUUUGUGGGGAGUGGGCUCCAGGAAGAGCCAUCAUCCCAGUCCCCGUUUUUCCUAACUGGAGAGAGUGUACAGAGAUUUUUUCUACAUUUCUAUUUUUUGCCUCAGAGGAACAGGAUUGGGCGAGGGUGGGACAGCACGGUGCUGGGGACGGGGUCUGUAGGCUGGCCUGGCCACCUUGCACCUCCACUAAUGCUGUCUCAGUGUUUUCUCUCUCUCUCUCUCGAGCUUGUACUCCGGUACCGACCCGGCAUCCCGGCUGGCCCGUCCCACGCUGGGGGGGCCAGCAGAAGACGACAGGCUGCUCCUCCCGUGCCGCCCGCGGCGAGGGCACCUGCCCACCGCCCGCCCGCCUCCCACAGACUCUUGUUGUCCAGCCCUCCGGGGCCUCAGCGUCUAGGGCAAGGGAGCCACAUAUAGACUGUGCCCCGCCUCGGUCCCCACACCAGAAAUACCGACGCCGCACCGAGGACUCCGAAGGCCAGCGCGGGAUCGUCGCGGGCCGCCGGUCGGGCCGCCUCACCUGCAGUUGUACUAAGUUGUCUCCAUGUUCCCUCCCCCCCCCAGUGUCUCUUCUGGUUUUUUUCCUUCCUCCCUCCCCCACCUCCACCUGCCCUGGUUCCGCACAGGUAAACAGUCACCCCCCUCCCUCCCUGCCUCAUGGGUCACCAGCUCACGUCACGUUUCCUCUUC